CCGAUGAUCUUACUCAACCUGAAUAUUAAAAAAAAAAAAAAAAAACGACGGAGGUAUACAUAAAGGUAAUGUUGGUUAAUUUACGACCUCUUAGCGCACACAAGCAACAGUGCUCACAUCUGUAUUUGUCUAGCAUUGUGAGAAGCUAGCCACUGUCUUGUGUUGGUGAGGUUAAGCUUGUUUAAUGGAAAGCACAAAUACCCACUACAGAGGAAAGAAAACAAAUCUAAAAAUAAGAGGACUUUACUGGUGAGGAAACAUCAAACAUUCAAGUGCCAAAACCUCACAAAAAAGUGGAAUGUGACAGGAAAGGACCUGGAAGUUUUACAAAGCAGUUGGAAGUACCACUUAAAAUGGCGUUUCUUGACAACCCUACUAUCAUACUGGCCCACAUUCGGCAGUCCCAUGUCACAAGUGAUGACUCUGGAAUGUGUGAGAAUGUACUGAUUGAUCAUGAUGUGGACUUGGAGAAAUGCCAUGUUACCAAGUCUGCUGGGUGUGGUCUAGUGGGUGAUUUGUUAGUGGAUGGCAGUGUUGGAGAAGUACAGACCUGUGACCUCUCUCAAUCUGUGGACAUCACUUCCAGUUGGGACUUUGACAUUCGGCGCCGCUCCAACACUGCUCAAAGGCUGGAAAGGUUAAGGAAGGAACGACAGAACCAGAUAAAAUGUAAAAACGUUCAGUGGAAGGAGAGGACAUCUUUUCAAACAGCAGAAGACUUGAGCUCUCUUUUUGAAAAGAAAGACUUUAAGGACAGGACUCGAGGCACAGCUACCAAAUCCACCCUCAGUCUGCGCCUAGAACAAUGUCCCCAACAGCUCAACAACCCCUUUAAUGAGUACUCAAAAUUUGAUGGCAAGGGUCACGUAGGUACAACAAAAACCAAAAAAAUUGAUGUCUACCUAUCAAUACAGUUUUCUCAGGAGAAGUUACAGCCAAUGAUGGUGGUAACAAUGGCCAAUGCACGAGUUCAUGAUCUCAUUGGCCUAAUCUGCUGGCAAUACACCAGCGAGGGGCGUGAGCCAAAACUGAAUGAGAAUGUCAAUACAUAUUGCCUCCACAUAGCAGAGGAUGAUGGAGAGGUUGACACAGACUUUCCCCCUCUUGAUUCCAAUGAGCCCAUCCAUAAGUUUGGCUUCAGUACUCUUGCUCUGGUGGAAAAGUAUGCAUCUGCAGGACUGGGGCCCAAACAAUCACUUUUUGUCAGAAUAAAUGCAGCUCAUGGUUUCUCCCUGAUUCCAGUGGACAGUUUAAAGGUAACCAUGAAGGAGAUUUUGCAGAAGGCACUAAAGAGAAGAAAAGGUUCACAGAAGGGAUCUGGUCCUAUGUAUCGUCUGGAAAAACAAAUGGAACCAAAUGUGGCUGUUGACCUGGACAGUACACUGGAGGCUCAAAACACACUGGAGUUUUGUCUAGUCCGAGAAAACAGCUCCAGAGGAGAGGAAAGCUCAGAGGAGGAUCCACCCAUAGACAUCAGUGCUGUACAAGAUAUGUUAAACAGUCACCACUACAAAUCGUUUAAGAUAAGCAUGAUUCACAAGCUCCGCUUCACCACUGAUGUUCAGCUAGGAAUAUCGGGUGAGAAGGUGGAAAUUGAUCCUGUCACUAAUCAAAAGACAAGCACGAAGUUCUGGAUCCGACAGAAGCCCAUCUCAAUUGAUUCAGACCUACUGUGUGCAUGUGACCUGGUGGAAGAAAAAAGUCCAAGUCAUGCAAUAUUUAAACUCACAUAUCUUAGCAACCAUGACUACAAGGCUCUGUACUUUGAAUGUGAUGCUGCUACGGUCAACGAGAUUGUGCUCAAGGUAAACUACAUCCUGGAGUCCCGUGCCAGCACUUCAAGAGCUGACUAUUUUGCUCAAAAACAACGCAAACUGAGCCGACGUACCAGCUUUAGCUUCCAGAAGGAUAAGAAGUUAGGCCAGUAGGACAUGUAGAAAAAGUGUCUUUCAACAAAGCAAAGCCAAGAAAAAAGAUCCCUGUUAAACAAACCCCUGGUUGACAUACAUUAUUCUUGUAAAAAAGAAUUACAAAGAUGUUUAAAAAAAUAAAUAAAAAUUGAUAAAAAAGAAAUCAACAAUGCAGACUAAUGGAGACCAGUCAACCAAUGAAAAACAGAUAGAAGGUAAGUAGAGGAGGGCUGGCUGAGAGGCUAUAGUCAUGGAGGAGAUUUUAUCCCUGCUCUUUGGAUGGGAGGAAUAGUAUUUCUGUCUCUUAUAUCCAUCAUUAAGACAUUAUCCAGUUGUUUGUAAGCACAUGUGUAUAGAAGGCAGCAAAAAGCACUAGUUUUAAAGCAAGUUUAUCUGACCUAUGAUGUAAAUAAAGCUACGACUAUUGUUACUUUGUUUUGGGAUGAAGCAUGUGCUUGUCUUCAAAAUCUCAGAUUAAUUGCUGUUCAUGGGGGUGACCAAGAGGCAGGGAAUUAAGAAUUAAUAAAGUAGGAGGGGGAGAAAGAUUUAAUGGUGUAAUAAAAAUAGUGUACUUAAUGAAAUUAAUAAAAAACUCAAACUAAA